AAAUAAGAACCCUGGAAAUCUUGUUGGCCAAAUUUCUAUAGGGUUUCUCUUACCUUCCUCUUCUCCUCUAUCCAUGGCCUCCAGGUUUCUUAGAUCCCGUCUCUCUUCCUUUGUGCGCGCCGCAGUUCUUAAUUCCCACAAGCCCAUCAAUCCUCUUUCAUCAUCGCUGCCAUCAUCGUCAUCACCUUUUCUCAUCCGCCACAUAUCCUCGGCCGCUGGCCGCCGAUACCCAGGUCGCCGACCUAUCGACAUAGGCGCUCGCGCCCGCCAGUUACAGAAUCGACGCCUCUGGACCUACGGCCUUACCUUCAGUUGCGUCGCUGGGUUCAUCGUAAUCGUGCUCGCCAACUUCCAGGACCAGCUUCUUUUCUACAUCACCCCGUCUGAUGCCAUGGCGAAGUUCACCGCCAAUCCCUCCAAGACACGCUUCCGUCUUGGAGGUCUCGUUAUGGAGGGAAGCGUCGUCCAUCCGUCCUCCUCCUCCCCGGAGAUCGAGUUUGUGGUCACCGACCUGCUGACCGACAUCCUUGUCCGCUACGAGGGUUCGCUUCCCGACCUCUUUCGCGAGGGCCACUCCGUUGUGGUUGAGGGAUUCCUUCGUCCGUUCUCGGCCGAUGUCGGCGUCCAUGCCGCUACCACUGGCCCGCCGGUAACGUCCAAGGCCAGGAGCCUCGAUUGCUACUUCAGGGCCACGGAGGUGUUGGCCAAACACGACGAGAAAUACAUGCCUAAGGAGGUUGCUGCAGCGCUUGAGAAGAAUAAGAAGAAGUUAGAAGAAGGGGAAGCUAAAGCCUUGGCAUUGGAGAAGAGGAGUUGAGGAAAAUGAAUGAUCCAGGUUUUUCCUUCCUUGAUUCUUUUUGAAAUAGGAUGCUUGAAUAGGAUCUAGUCUCAGAUCCCUUUUAUUUAUUUGCAGUUGAGUAUUAGAUUAAUUGGUGUUAUGCAGCACAUUGCUGCGAGUUUGAAACCUGUUCAAAUUUUCCCGUUGAAAAUGGGUAUAUGCUGAGUAUAAAAGCGAAUGAAAAAUUUAUUUACUGA